UAUAGGCGUUAAGUGCUGCAGGAAAAUGGUCGUCAGAAUAUAACGGGGCCUCCGAUAGAGAGCGUACCGCAGGUCGUCGUCGUCGUCGUCUUCGUGAUCGACGUUUCCAGCUCGAGUCUAGUGGCGUUGCACUGCUGGUGAAAAGGCACGGGAAAAAGGAAAAGAUGCCAGUAGCAUAAUAAUCGAUACGCUGCGACAGAAUGGUGUGUUUUAGCUGAUCGAAUUGCACGGUGCGUCGUGGCUGCUAGUAGCUUCAGGUGGAACCAAUAAUUUGUUGUUUCUGCUUGUAGCUUUGCCAACGGGCGGAAGGGCACACGUUGGAGAAGUGUGCGCGCGGGGUCGCUCGAAGCGAAAGUGUGCGAUUGGUUCCGGAGUGCAAUGAAUCGUUUUUUAGCAGCAUCUCAGGGUGAAUGUUUUCGUUAUGUGGAAAUAUAUUUUAUUUUCCCUUUUAUUUCCUUUGUUUAGCGUUGCGCGUGUGGUGCUCGCAGCUGAGCAAUUAGGUGGAGGAGAUAUGCGGGUCGGUCGGUAAUUUUCCCGGUGGAAGGAGAAACCUUCUAUGUGCAGGAGGGCCGGAGAGGAAAGUGCGUGAAACGUUUAAAUGUGUAAAACAAGUUUCCUAACCAAAAAAAAACCACAUCAGAGUGCUUGAAUGAAGAAUGUAGUGUGGUUUCCUUCUUUGUUUAAUGGUCGAUUUAAGUGCCUACUACCGGAAGUAGGAGCAGAAACUUUCGCAUGUUCGCAAUGUUAGCGUCAAACGGUGAAUGAGUUGUGCAAAGCAAGGCAUUGGUUGAUACAUCACUAUUUCAAAGGAUUCCAUUCGCGAACCGUCUUGUUGAGAAUGACAUCCACGCGUGCUUUAUGUGUGUACGUUUCGCGGUAAGCCAGGAAAAUGUGCAGCAUCUGUAGCGACCGAAUUUCGAAUGUUACUCAUCCAACUCGGGAAAGAACAACAACAACAACCGGCGGUGGCGUCGCCAAGAGUGGAAGAAGCAGAAGCGUAACGCAAGCGAUCAGCCCGCUUCCGGAAGGCAUCAUUUUCGCUGGUCCAAGUAACAAAGAUGAACUGUGCUGAAAACGAGCCGCAAGAAAUUGAUGGAACCACUCGGGAAGGGCAGAAGCAACAAGUAGUAGUAGCAACGAGCGACCUUUUUUACCACCAACAUCCGCGAAAGCAGGAAGCAGCAGGCGUCGACAGUAGCUGGGCAACGAACGUGAACACCGUCGGAGGAAGGGGGGAUAGUGGUGGUACGUAUCAGCGGCCGGAUCCUUCAGAGGUGGAAAACGAGACGGAACUCCUGAACCACCAUGUCGGUGCCAGCGGUAGCACGAUUUAUCUAACGGCGGAUGGUAACGGUGAAGUCCAUCUUGGUACGACCGGGGAAGCGGAAGCGCGCUCGGAAGAGGAGGACAGUCGACGACGGAGGAAAAACUUCACUAUGCGUGACCCUCAGGAAUCUCACCACAGGCUGCCCCUCGGCGAGGUCGAGUCGGGCGAUGAUAGCGACUGUGUCGUGGUGGCGGCCCCGUCGGAGCGGAAGGUGGAACCGCUGAAGAUCAAUCUGGCGCGCGACCGUGAGCCCAUUCGCACGAUCAUCAAACUCACUCCCGGGACGGGGGGAUCCGUACUGGAUUCCUCCAGUUGCUCCCAGCAACUGUCCCCCACGAUUCGCGAGGUGCCCGGUUCGCCGAAAAUCACGAUAAAGCCCCCGAAACCACCGCCCCCGUCCACGAUGGAAGGACCCGGUGGAGGUGGAGGCUCGUCGUCGUCAUCGAUUGGUAGUACCAAUCAAAAUAGCAAUAGCGUCUUGUCUCAGCCCUCCACGUCAACGACGGCGUUGCCAAACAGUAGCAGCAUUCCAAAGCUUACCAUCAAGCCGGUAAUCAACCCGGCGGAAGAACUACUGACCGUUGAGGCGCCCGCGGAACAGAUGCAAAUUAUUCCUAAGCUACUCAUCAAAGGUUCCUCGCUGGAUGCGUCGAUCCACGGAGUGACGGAGCCACACAUUGUGCCUAAACUUACGAUACGUGGUGUGAACAAUCAUAAUCACCAUUUCCACCAUCAUAACCACCAGCAUCACCCGCCGGAAUCGCAAAGUCAGUCGACAGGGGACGGUGGUACCGGUACACAGGUCGCCGGUGCAUCUGCGUCUGGUUCGCCGACGACACCAUCGACCCCGUUGGUUCCAAAGUUAACGAUAAAAAUGGACAACCACCAUCCGCACCAUCAUCACCAUGUGCAGCAGUCCCAGCAACAUAAUAACCUGCGCAUGAAGGAUGUGGCGGACGCCGGGAGUGGUGGAAGUGGAAACCGGGUUGAAAGUCCCAUUCCCAAGUUGCAUAUUAAAGCGAUCCUUCCCGAGGCCGGUGGCUCGUGCUCAACCCAGUCGCCGCCGUCCAUCGGCGGGAGUGGAUCGAAUGUUUUGGUCACACCGAGUGUAAGCGGCAACAGUUUGACUAGCUCCGAGGGUGUGAAACUCACGAUUAAACCUCUCCCUGAGCCGAAGCUGCCCAAGCUGACGAUCAAAACUACUGGUCUAGGGACGAUCGCAGAAACGAGCGAUGCUUCGAUGGUUUCCUCGACUAGCUGCAGCUUUUCUCCCAAGAUGAUGCCAGCUGGAAUGAUGGUGGUAGGUGGAGGAAAUUCUCAUGACCUGCAGCACCACUAUCACCAUCAUCAGCAACAUAAUCAGAUACAGUUGUUAACCGUGGCGCAGCAGCAACCUGCUUCCCCUAGCGAUCAGCAUUCGAGCAUUAGCUCGAGCUCGAUCCCGAAGAUAACGAUCAAACCGAUUCCAGCGAAGCUAGGAUUACAGCAACAGCAGUCCCCAACUGGUUCAGCAGCUGGAAACGCAUCGAUGGCCGGCGCAGACCUUCCGCAAACCGUACCAAGGCUAACUAUUAAACCGAUUCCGCCACCGCCAACCGAUUCAACGAAGCAGUCGACCGGGGAGGACAGCAACAGCUCCAGCGAAACCAGUAUUAACUCCCUAGAAUCUUCGCCAGUGUCCUCGUCCUGUUCGUCGUCGUCGGUGGCAACUUCGGCGGUUAUUACGACCUCACCGUCGACAUUAAGAAUGACCAUAAAGGUAUCGCCACAACAGGAUGCAUCGUCCGCCAGCACGACAUCGUCCUCGACCGUGACAAAGCUUAACAUAAAACCGAUUCUGCCUCCGCCUUUCCCAAACCCAACCGGAGAGGCGAACGAACCCGGCGCGGAUGAAGUAAGUCCCCCGUCGGAAGGUGAGGUAGACCCGAGUGCUGCACCGAUUGUCAUUCCGAAGGUUACAAUUAAAACGCUCGCUAAUCCACGCAGUCAGGAGACGGAGAUUCUGUCGACACCGAAGGUCACACUUAAACCCAUCCCGAAACCGACGGGACACGAACUGCUGCUGCCAGGAAGCCCGGCCAUGGGACAAUCGGCCGUGGAAAGGCAUUCACCACAGGCACAGGCCGCCGCCAACAGUAUCAGUCACGCGGCGCUCAACAGCAAUAACUCGCCGACAGCCGGGAUGACCGCGUCGGACGGCGGUGGUUCGAUGGAUUCGCCGCGGAUUAUUCUUAAAAUUAACAAAGGAUCUUCAUCCACGACCACGACCAGUUUGGAACAGCAACAGCCACAGUCGGAUGGUAUGGACACGACGGAAAGCAGCUCUAUUAGCCAUCCUCCUCCAAUGGGAGGAUCGUCCAUCCUGGCGAAUGAAUUGAAGCGACCGGCAGCAAACGCCGCAGCUAAUUCCAUCACGCCAUUCUCGUCCUCUUCAUCAUCGGCAUCGUCAACGACUGUAUCUAUUUCAACCUCGUCCUCGUCCGCCGGUUCCGAUCCCGCUUCUCCCUCGUCGUCCGCCGGUGGUGGUGAUCAGGGCGAACCAGGUUCGCCCGAUGCGAAAAAGAGCAAACUCGAGCUGGUUGCCGCCGGGGUCGCAAGGGUGGCCCGAGAGCAGCAGAAAAAGUUCAUUCCUCAUCAGUUGAGCGAACAUAAUGCGGCGCUACGUCAAUCGUUGCUUGAGAACCACCAACAACAACAGCAACAACUGCUUCAAAAGGCUCAGCAGCAACAGACGACACUCGUCGGUGCCGGCGGACAACCGCCGGUCGCCGACGUGAUCGUGAUAGACGACGACAGUAAAUCGGAGAACGAAUCCAGCGAACGUGCCGAGAACGAAAAGCCGGCCGUCGAUUCAAGCCACGAGCCGACGAGUGUGCCGGAGUUAAACCUUAUGGGUCAAGAUCCAGCCAGUUUGCGGUCGCAACCAAUGUUUGCUUUUAUGAGCAACAACGAAGCGACCACGAUCGAGGUGGUUAAACCACGUCGCACGCGGGGCACUUCCCGGGGCGCUGGAGGAGGCCGCCAGUCACGAAGGGGAGCCGGAGGUGGACGCGGUGCAGUGGCAAAGCAGCAACCAGUCGUCACCGAGGAAGCACCUCGAUUAAACCUUCCGGAGCUUUUGGUGAAUCACGACGACAAUGACGAGGGCUCGAGUUCGGACUGCAUGAUCGUGGACGAUCCGAGCGCCACAACGACGACGAUCUCUUCCGUUCCCACGGCGCGGAGUGGAUUAUCGCUGGAAAGUCUACUUCUCGGCGGAGGUGGCAUCAAACAACCCGGACUUUACAAUGCCACCCACGCCGGAGGCUCCAAUGAGCUGGAGAAAAACGGUACCGCCAGUAACAGCUCGAUCGGAAGUGUAAGUAGCUCCAUCGGAAGCACUCCGAUACCGGCGGCAUCACCGGCGACUACCACUCCCGGCGUUCGCAUGAGCACCAGACGCGGUGCGGGACAGUUACUCAAGGAGGUGCUAGCGAACAAACACCACGAUCGAGAUUCCGGUGUGGAUGAUGAGGCGAGAACGGACGGCGAAAGUGGACCCCACCUUGGUGGACCUACACCUUCGAAGCGUCCGCGCGGACGACCGAAAAAGCAGUCGGUCGACCUAACGAUGGAAACGAAUGGUACUGGAGGAAGCAGCAGCUCGCUGGAAGGCAACGGAGGCACCAUCCCGGACAGCAACAUGAUGAUGGCAUUGGCCAUGAUGAGUGGUGGUGCCGGCGGCGCGGAGGGUGUUACGUUCUUGCGACCGGACGGUCCCGGAAUGCUCGGCACGCAACAGCUGAUGGAAGGAAUCAUGCCACUGCCAAUUACACCAGUACGAACGCCAAGGACCAGAGGACGAGGACGGGGUAGAGGAAGAGGUAAAUUGGCGCUUCUGGAUGGAGCAACUGUUGCCCAAAGCCCCAAUUUGGACCCUCUCGAUGCUUCGAGGAGGAAUUUUGCUUUACCUCCAGGAGUGGGAGGUUCGGGCGGAAAUGGAGAUCCUCUGUUUAUCGAUCCCGCUGCAGACCCUACAAGUUUCAAUCUGCUCUUCAAUCACGCCGUUACGCCGCGCGGGGCAGGAAGUGUACGUACGCGUGGCGGACGCAGAGGUGUCGGUUCGAGGGGAGCCAGAACGCCCAGGGGCGGUGGUCGUGGUGCUGCGAAGGCUGCUAGAGCCGCUCUGUUAUUGGCCAAUACGCCAAUUGUGGGCCAAAUCUCACCGGAAGCGAAUGAAGAAGGUAUCGUAGAACCGAAUGAUCCCCUGGAGUCACCGAAAUCCCAGCCUUCGGGAGAUAGUCCUUCGACCGGAACUCCAGUGGGUGGAAGGGGACGAGCGCGUGCCCCGAGAGGAUCCGGAACGGCAAGCAAGCGGAACGCAACGGCUUCGGGCAGAAAGGCACCAAGAGGCAAGAAGGCUCAAGAGGCUGCGGCAUUGCUGGCGGCGGCAGAAGCAGCGGCAAGUCCCAAGAAUGCGAUAAAUCCUGCCAACGCAAGCAAUACCAUCUUCAUGACACCGAUGGCCGGUGGAUUGGAUUUAAAUCGACCGAGGUUGCAUGUACGAGAGCUGAAAACGCCGAAAAAUGCAAUCAAAUCCAAUACCCCUCCGUCGAGUGCCCAGACAACUCCACUGGCGGGUCCAACGCCCGCUGGUACACCCGGCGAGACGACUCCCGGUGAUGGCGGGUUACAGGUGUUCGAAGAGGACACCCGUAUGAGCGGCGACUUCAAUUUUACCACCCCCGUACGGUUGAUGAUGAGCAGCGGGGAUGGGUGUCUGCAGCCGAACGAGGAAUCCCAGAGUUCGUACCUGAGUAGCACAAGCGUCACGCAGGAUGCCACCGGCGCCAGUGCCACCGGUGGUCAACCGCAGCCCCCGGCAGGAGCGGCAGAUGGUCUUGUGCCUGCAAGUGCUUCGUCGACGUCGGACGCACAGAAGGAUUCGCUGGUGGGUGCAAUUUCGGCCGGCAACAGCAACAGCAGCAGUAGCCGGCGGCCAAAAGGCAAGAUGGAAGUACUUGAUGCGCAUCGGGCGGCAUUUACGGUAGAGCUGUUGGCAGAAUAUGAGUGGCCACGGCCAAGCCCGGGCACGCGAGGAACCGAUACGUUCAUGCUGCAGGAGCAGAUAGCCGAGUAUCUGGGUGUGAAGAGCUUCAAGCGAAAGUAUCCGGAUUUGAUGCGACGCCCGGUGGAUAUGGAGGAGCGCAACUUCUUGCUGGAGCAGGGUCUCGCGUCGGAGAAGAUGUGCGACCUCGGUCUGACGGCGGUCUAUGCCUCCGAGAUAUUGGACAUCAUGUGCUCGGACUAUCCGGAAAAGUACGAAGAGUACACGAGGUACACGCGCGAGAAGCACUUCCGAGAACUGAGCAUCCGCCAGCAGCGGCAACAGCUGGAAGCAUUUACUUCCAAUGCAGCAACACCUGCUGUGGCCGCCGUACCGAUCGAUCGGGUGAAGCUACAAAAGGAGAAAGCCAUCGAAUCGGCCGCAAGUUGGAAUAGCAGCUUUAACAGAGAACGAAGGGACACGCGACGCGCAUGCAUGGAUCUGCAGACGUACGUCGUACAAGUGCCGAAGCGGUAUCAAUCAACUCAAGCGCAAUCGAAAGCGAAAUCGGAAGGGGCUACAAAUUACCCAGUUGCACUGGUCCCUGGACAGUUCAGCGAGUACUACACUACCUACACACCGGAAGAGUUGGCCUGCUACCCGAUCAAUACCAUCCUUUUGGAUCCGGAGCAACUGAAGGAGAUCGUCUCCUCGGAGCGCUACCGUAGGCUGGUGGCCGCAGAAGAGGCCCGGCUCCAGGAAAGCGAUGAUGAUAGCAGCAGCAGCAGUAGUAGUAGCGGCGGAAGCAGUGAUGAGGACAGCGACACAAGUAGCAGCAGCAGUAGUGACGAGGACGAUGACGGAGGUAUAUCCACUGACAGUAGCUGUAGCUCGUCGUCAGCCCAGUCCUCUACAUUCUCCGACUGUGACCACUGUGACGCUAGCGGUGUUAAGAAAGAGCUAGAUCGCCGAAAGCGAACGGGCAUGUCGGUGGAUUGUGAAAAGAAUGACGACAUUUCUAUCACCGCCGCCAGUGGUCCGCCUGUGAGACGAUCGAGUCGUGCUUUGAGUGCUGGCACGGUCGUCGGAUCCACACUCGUCGUGGAAACUAAAGAUCCUACUGAUUCAGACGACUCGGAUGUUCCACUUAUUGCGCACGCCGUGAGAAAAAAGAAUCUACAAUCCUCCACCAACGCUGCCGCCCCUCCACAUCCCUCCGCAGGGGGAGGUAAACGGAUGCAGGAAAAUAUGAGCCCUGUGAAACGGCCGCCUUUAGAUCCAUUCAUGUGUGCCGUGUGUCUCGGUCCGGAGAACAAAAAUCGGUACAGCAAACCGGAGCGGUUUGUACGUUGUAAUCGUUGUCGGCGGAAAGCGCAUCCUUCGUGUAUCGGUAUGUCGUCGGUCAUGUACCGACGUGUGCAGCAGUACAAGUGGCAGUGCUCUGAGUGCAAACUGUGCAUGAAGUGCAACCGGUGCCCGUUGGCUACCGACAGCAAGAUGGUGUACUGCGAUCAGUGCGAUCGUGGCUACCAUUUGGCUUGCAAGGGUCUGCGGAACCUACCGGAAGGCCGUUGGCAGUGCAGCAUCUGCACGAUCUGUGGCCAGUGUGGGGCCCGCACCCCCGAAGGUCAUCCAAAUCCGCACCUAAACGCUCAACAGCGACAGCAUCUGGCAAUGGUGGCCGAAUGGACGCACGAGUAUGGUGUGAACGAAUUGACGAAGAUACGGGAACACUUGCGGACACUGUGCGUACCGUGCGUGCGCCAGCGACGGCAAAGGCUCCCACAACCGGAUCAAACUUCGCCGAUCGCAACUGUCGUCCAGCAGGAUCCCCAUGGUGGUGGUGGUAGCCCCAUUGUGUCGAGCAAUUGUGAAACGAAGGCAAUUCUUAACAAUAACAACAAUCCAAGCGAUCAGCGAAAACAGCCACAACCGGCACAACCAUCGCUACCCGUUCAACGGCAGGGCGUUGCGGUUGGUGGGAUGUCUGACGCGGGAGCGGCAGGUUCGAUAAAACCGCAAUCACAACAGUAUAUGAUAAACUCCACCACCAUAAAACAGCAACCACCCAUGAUGAUUGUUCAAACCGGUUCUGGUAUCCCCAAUAGUCAUGUGCACUCCGGAACCAAGGGGGGAACGAUGAUUGGUGGGGCGGAGGUACGUAGGUAAAGCAAAAGCUUCCUCUCUGCCCAUGACGAAGGCAUGAGUGCUCGGAAGCGAUCGGAAUGAUUUAGCACAAGACAACCGGGGAUCGAAUGUGCGAGAGAUGGAUAGAGAGAUGUAUACGAAAUGUCGACGUUCUUUAUUUUUUUUUAUUUCUAAAUUCAGCGAAACACGCUUAAAUUUAUUAUAUUUUGUACACUUGGUGUGUUUCAAUGAUGAUCAUUCGAUGCGCGAGGAAUCUGCAACUCUUAUUAUCUGCUUACAUUAUUUUAGUUUAUUAUAGGCGAAACAUAAGGUAUUUCUUCAUAGUAGUGCGUUUUUAGUUUUUCAAACCUUCAGCCGUAUACAUCUUUACGUGUCUCUCGGGCUCUCGACACUCGACUUCGGGCUUUCAAAUUCCCUAUACCCAAAGUAAAAAUGUAAAUCCAGAUGUAAAUACUAUAGUA